UUUUUCCACCUGGCAACACUUCCAUCGGUGUUUUUCGGCAUAGAGCAUUUUUUAUCUGAAAAAAGGGAUUUUUUUUGUGCAAUGGAAGGUGCGGUUAAGCUCAAUACCUCCAAUAACGCCACUCCGUUGCCGCAGCGCCAGCAAAGGGGCAAUCUAGCCAAUAAGAAUAUCGGCAAGCACACCGCCCCGAAGCAAAACGCCGCUAGCGAUGGUAAUCCUGCUGAAAAAAAACCACGAUUCGGGCCGAACACCCAGAAUGGAGGUGGAGGUGGAGUAGCCGGAGGCGGUGGUGGUGGUGGUGCCGGAGGCGGUGGCCGCGGCGGAUUCACCGGCAACCGCGGCAAUCGUGGAGGCCACCAAAAUCAAAACCGCCAGGGUUUCCAGGGUGCAAAUAAUGCUAAUCAGAAGCAGCCAAACGAGUCGCCGAAGCCGGCUGCGGCCAAUGUGCCCGCAAAGAACAAUGAACCCGCAGACGCCACUCCAGUUCAGCCGAGCCAGAACGCCAGCCAGGGUCAGGCCAAUCAAGGAGGCCAAGGAAUCCAAGGUAACCAGGGAGGACAACGACAAGGACAGGGCUUCAGAGGACGCGGUGGCGGAGGUGGCCAAAACCAAAAUGCCAACCAAGGAAAUCAGGGAGAUCAAGGAGGUCAAGGUAACCAAGGAGGCCAGGGCAACCAAGGAGGACAGGGCAACCAAGGAGGACAGGGCAACCAAGGUGGACAAGGCAACCAAGGAGGCCAGGGCUUCAGAGGACGCGGCGGAGGAGGAGGCCAAAACCAAAACGCCAACCAAGGAGAUCAAGGAGGUCAAGGUAACCAAGGAGGCCAGGGAAACCAAGGCGGACAGGGCUUCAGAGGACGCGGCGGUAGCGGUGGGCAAAACCAGUCCAAUCAGAAUGCCAGCCAGGGACAAGGCCAGGGAAAUCAAGGUGGCGGUCAGGGAGGAAACCAAGGCGGCAACCAGGGAGGAAAUCAAGGAAAUAACCAGGGAGGACAGGGCUUCCGUGGACGCGGCGGUGGCCCCAAUCAAACGAUCGGCGGCGGCGGUGGAGGUGGAAACCAACAGCAGCGUGGUAACCGUGGCAAUCGGUCUGGAGGACCAGGAGGCAUGAACAAUACCAUGGGUGGCGGCGGCCAACGCGGCGAAGAUUUCUUCAUUGCCCAGCGUCUGCGCAGCAUUGGCGGACCCACCCUCGAACUGCCGCCCAUUGAAGUGCCCACUGAGACCAAGUUCUCUGGUCGCAACCGUCUGUAUGUGGGCAACCUGACCGGCGACAUCACCGAUGAGGAGCUGCGCGAAAUGUUCAAGCCGUACGGCGAGAUCACCGAGAUCUUCUCGAACCUGGACAAGAACUUUACAUUCCUGAAGGUCGACUACCAUCCAAAUGCCGAGAAGGCCAAGCGGGCCUUGGAUGGCUCUAUGCGCAAGGGCCGUCAGCUGCGCGUCCGUUUUGCGCCCAACGCCACCAUUCUGCGGGUGAGCAAUCUCAACCAGUUUGUGUCCAACGAGCUGCUGUACCAGUCCUUCGAGAUCUUCGGACCCAUUGAACGUGCCAGCAUCACCGUGGACGACCGUGGCAAGCAUACCGGCGAGGGCAUAGUGGAGUUCGCCAAGAAGUCUUCGGCCAGUGCCUGUCUGCGUCUGUGCAAUGAGAAGUGCUUUUUCCUGACGUCGUCGCUGCGACCUUGUCUGGUGGAGCCGAUGGAGGUGAACGACGACAAUGACGGGCUGCCAGAGAAGGCGUUAAACAAAAAGAUGCCCGACUUCUGCCAGGAGCGUAGCAUCGGACCGCGGUUCGCCGACACGAACUCGUUUGAGCACGAGUACGGAUCGCGAUGGAAGCAGCUGCACGGCCUGUUCAAGAGCAAGCAGGACGCCCUUAAGCGUGAGCUGAAAAUGGAGGAGGACAAGCUGGAAGCCCAGAUGGAGUACGCUCGCUAUGAGCAAGAGACCGAAUUGCUGCGCCAGGAGUUAAGGAAACGCGAGGUGGACAACGAGCGCAAGAAACUGGAGUGGGAGAUGCGCGAGAAGCAGGCCGAGGAGAUGCGAAAACGCGAGGAGGAGACCAUGCGUCGUUACCAGGGCGAGGUGCAGAGCCACUUGCUUCGGCAGGAGGAGGACAUGCGCAUCCGUAACCAGGAGAAAGACUUGAUGCAGCAGGCCAAGCAGCUCAACUCGAUGCUCGAUCUGCAGGAGGGAUUCGGAGGCGUCGGCAGCAACUCCGGCUUUGACAACUUUGGGGGCGAAUCACCAUUUGAAGUUUUUAGAAACAACAGCAACAAUUCCACCAUGGUUGGAAACAACUCUGGUCCCGGAGGACAGGAUAAGCUAGAGGCUUUUGAAUUCGGUGCUGGCGGAAAUCGCGGCAACAAUGUCGGCGGAAACAAUGCCCCGUGGGGACGCCGACGCUUUUAGACACUGAACCCACAUUACACUAUACACAAAGAUAAAAGAACGUAAUCUCAUUGAUUAUGCUUUAUAUUUGACAUUUUGCUCGAUUGCGAGUGAGCAUCAUAAAAUUACACAAAGGGAUCGUGUAAGCGAAUAUGCAACACACAUUUAAUAUCAUUUGAUUUCAUACUUUGAAAACUAUAAUAAUCGUCUAUCGGUCUCAACAAGGAAUCCACCAUGAAGUAAUAAUAAGGAAAUGACAAAAGAAAAACCUUAAGAAAUUUACAAUCCAAACCCAAAAGGCAUGCUUACAAGAUGUGCAGUAUUGCGAAGAGGAAAACACUUAAAAAUUCCCAUUCAUCUUCUAACCAUUACGUACAUCUAUUUAAUCAUAAUGAUAUUUUUAGAUAUAUGUAGUGACUAUCUCCAGUAACAAGAUUACUUUUUGUCUAUCAUUCAAAUUAAAUAUAUGAAGAUACGACUGAA